AUGGCAGAACCAAAAACAGAGCUCAAGGACUCUCUCUCAGAGAAAUCACUAGGACAUCAUGCUGAUAAAUCACCAGAACAUCACAAAGAAACGCAUGGAACGAGUGAUGACAUAGAUGAAACCACCCCGGUAGAUGAAGUCAAAGGCCCCGGUGUGUUUGAACGAAUUAAGGAAGAAGUCGAAGCCAUUGUUGAGGCAAUUCAUCCUAAGAAAGAUUCCGGCAGUCAUGACUCAUCUCCUAAGUGA